AUGAGGAAAACACUUACAUUGUUCCUCUCACUCCUCCUGCUGGGCGCGUCACUCACAGCCGAUGGCUCCCAGGAGGAUCAGCUCACAAGGUUCAUCCAGUCCAAGGCCAAGAAGAGACACACUGUCAGUGUCCGGGCAACUAGCGUAAGCGGGACCGAGGAAAACGACCCAUGGGCCGACCCCAGCAGCUUCAGCCACCUACCCUCGAAGUGCCCGAUCCCGCCGGCGGGCACAAAGGAAGCAGACAAGAUCACGGCGCUGCCCGGACAGCCACCACGCGUUAACUUCGACCAGUACUCUGGCUAUGUCACGGUCAGCGAGCUGCAUUUCCGCGAGCUCUUCUACUACUUCGUCGAGGCCCCCUAUGAGCCGGCCACCAAGCCUCUCAUCCUCUGGCUCAACGGCGGGCCAGGGUGCUCUUCGCUGGGCUACGGCGCCAUGACGGAGCUCGGCCCGUUCCGUGUGAACCCCGACGGCAAGACCCUGAGCAGGAACAAGCACGCCUGGAACAACCUGGCUAAUGUGAUCUUCCUGGAGUCUCCGGCCGGCGUAGGAUUCUCCUACGCGAGCAACGACACCAACAACAACGACAACGUGGGUGACAGGAGGACCGCCGAGGACACGUUCGUCUUCCUGCUCAACUGGCUAGAGAGGUUCCCUGAGUACAAGGGCCGUGACUUCUACAUCGCUGGUGAGAGCUACAGCGGGCACUACGUCCCGCAGCUUGCCACCGUGAUCGAGUUCAUGAACGAGCUCCACGGAAGCACCCUCAUAAACCUCCGUGGCAUCUUCGUCGGCAACCCGUACCUUGACGAUUACAAGAACGAGAAGGGGGAACUCGAGUUCCUGUGGAGCCACGGGGUGAUCUCUGACGAGGGGUGGGCCGGUAUCCUUGCUAACUGCACCUUUAGCCCGUCCGACGAUUGGCCGUGCACCGUGGCGGCGCUCAAGCCCCAGAAAGGCCACUUCGACCACUACAACAUAUAUGCCCCGCUCUGCCUCCAGGAGCCGCUCACCGGCACUUUCUACUCCAGCAGCUACCUGGCCGGCUACGACCCGUGCGCCGACCAUUACGUCGAGGCUUACAUGAACAUUCCCAAGGUGCAAGAAGCUCUGCACACCCGGGCCAACACGAGUUGGUCAGGUUGCAGCGGUGACAUGGAUUCCAUAUGCUCGAUCACCGCGACGAGGUACUCCGUCAAGGAUCUUAACCUACCCAUAACCAAACCCUGGCGACCUUGGUACACCCCGGAUAGCGAGGUUGGAGGCUAUGUCCAGCAGUAUGAGGGAGGCUUCACGUUUGCAUCGGUGAGGGGAGCUGGCCAUAGAGUCCCCACUUACCAGCCCAAGAGAGCCCUUGUUCUUCUCUACUCCUUCCUCAAGGGCAUGCUCCCACCUGAUGACGUCCCACACUAA